AAUUUAUGUAUACUCUUACAUUUACAGCGUGCCGGUGAACUUGUAAAUAAGAGUGAAAAGACCUCAUAUGCUACCCGAACCUCGGAUCUUAUCCAUGAGAUCGAUCAAAUGAAAGCAUGGCUCAACAAGAUCAUCACUGCUACUGAGGAAUUUGUGGACAUUAAUAUAGCAUCCAAAGUUGCAGAUGCUUUCCAAAAAAAUAAAGAGAAGACCACCACUACUGAUAAACUCGGCACUGCUCUCGAACAGGUUGCUACGCAAUCAGAAAAAGCAGCUCCUCAACUCUCCAAGAUGCUGAUGGAAGCUGCUGACGUCCACCAGCGGAUGGCCACCGCCAGGAAGAGUUUUAAUAGCGAGGUCAACACGACCUUCAUUGAAGAUUUGAAGAACUUUGUGAACACUACACUUAGUGAAGCUCAGAAAGCAAAGACCAAACUGGAGGAAGUUCGACUAGAUUUGGACUCCGACAAGACAAAGUUGAAGAAUGCCAAGUCUGCAGAACAGAAGGCUAAGUGGGAAGCCGAGGUGAGGAAAGACGAAAGUGACUUCGACCGGGUGCAUCAAGAGUCUCUUGCCAUUUUCGAGAAAACCUGCAAGGAAUUCGAUGGAUUGAGCGUUCAGCUAUUGGAUCUGAUCCGUGCUGAGAAGAAUUACUAUGAGGCCUGUGCCAAAGAGUGCAGUAUGAUGUUGGGAGAAUAG